UUAAGAACGUAGUAGAUAUACGCAUUUCUUAAUAUUAAUCAUUGUUGAAGAAUGCCGAAACGUCCGUGUCCCUUUGAGGAUGAUUUGCCGCCCCAAUUAAAGGUACACGUAGGUCAAAAACAAGUAGACAACGGCGUCUGUCGAGAAGAACGAAUGAAAAUUGUAUAUGGCAAAACAAUGGAUUUAUUAAAAGAGGGUGUCAAGACACUGUCGCGACAAUUAAAUACGUCCAUGGAAUUAAAUCCGAUUGAUGCUAUACCGUCGUCGAAAGUACCUUCCCCUUGCAAGUUCAAAACUGAACGCAACUUAAAAACACAAAUGGUAUUGAAUAGCAAGUUAGAAUUAUUAGGAGCAGAUAAAGCUAUAAAGGAUGUUCAACCAAGGUAUGAUCUUUGUGAAUGCAAUCGAAUAAUUGAUCAGAGCAUGUUUAGUAAAUGUUCUUACUGUGAUCAAGUUUUAUGUUCUUCUUGCCUCUUUGAAUGCACUAGUUGCUCAGAGCUAUUUUGUCAAAACUGUUCCCUGCCUGUCUAUAAUAAUGAAGAACAAAACAAGUGCCUUAAUUGUUAUAAAUAA